AUGAGUAAAAAUAGCUCUCUGGUCACUACUGAUAUGGUAGUCAGAGAUUCCCAAGAAGAUGAUCUGGUGAGAAUUCCGGACAAACUACGCUCAGAUAUGCACGAUCCAACGUCAUGGUACAACCGCCGCUAUGUUUCGUGGCUUCCGCCGUACUCGAACUCGAUGGUGCAGAUAGUGGUGAUGUCGUUUGUGCUAUUUUUAACGCCUGGGUGUUUCAACGCCAUCACCGGCAUUGGAAAUUCCGGAAUUUCGGACCCGAAGGUGUCUGACAACGCGAACGUGGCCUUGUACUCCACGUUUGCGACCAUUGGCGCUAUUGGCGGUGUGGUGUGUAAUGUUAUAGGUAUAAGAUGGUGCUUGAUGAUAGGUGGAACGGGGUACGUCAUGUAUACGCUAUCGUUGCUCGUGUAUCACUAUAAGCAAAAUGCUGCCUUCUGCAUUUUUGCAGGCGCUUACCUAGGGUUCUGUGCUUCCUUGACUUGGGCUGCACAAGGUCUGGUGGUGAUGUCAUAUACUCUAGAGAACAACAAAGCCCAUGCAAUCAUGGUAUUUUGGGUGAUCUUCAAUUUCGGUGCUGUUUUGGGCUCGCUCAUUCCACUCGUGCAGAACCUCGAGCUGGGCGCCUCCAACGUAAACGCUGGUACGUACGUUGGUUUCAUUGUUCUCAUGGCUGCAGGCAUUGUUGUGGCUGCGUUCUUACUCCCGAUGGACAAAGUGUAUCGCUCAGACGGUUCGCAGGUUAUCGAGAAGAAGUAUCCCCGCAUUUCGGACGAGAUUCGUGGAAUGUUCCGGGUCUUGAAGCACGAGCCUCGCAUAUACGCCAUGUUUCCCAUGUUUGCUGCAUCAAAUUGGUUCUACACAUAUCAAUUCAACGACGUCAACGCGGUGCGGUUCAAUGUGCGCACCCGUUCCCUCAACUCUUUGCUUUACUGGCUCUUUCAGAUGAUCGGAUCCAUUCUAGUGGGCUUCGUUCUCGACUGGCGCCGAUACACCCGUCCGGUACGGGCCAGAAUAGGCUUUGCAAUAAUCUUUUUAUCUGGCUUGGCGAUUUGGGGCGGUGGGCUCAAGUUUCAAAUGGGGGUCACUCGUCAAAACGUGAAGAGUAUUCCACCAAUCGACUUUACGGAAAGCAGAUAUAUUGGGCCCAUGUUCCUAUAUAUCUGCUAUGGUGCAUUUGAUGCGAUGUUUCAGUCGUUCAUUUUCUGGGUUCUAGGUACCUUUUCGAACAAUCCCAAAAAGGUGGCUUUGUAUGCUUCAUUUUACAAAUCAUUGCAGAGUGCAUUUGCGGCUAUAUCAUGGCGCCUCGAUGCGACGGAGCAUUCAUUUUUGGCAAUGUUCAUCAGUUCCUGGGCUUUAAUCCAGGGAUCUUUAUUGUUAGCGGCUCCUCUAAUUUUGUUCAAAAUUACCGAGACAACAGCCCCAGAAACAGAAGAAAUUCUGCAAAUCUCACUCGACGAUGAAGUGACUACCGCACCAUCUAUCGAAGGAAAGACAGAACAGGAUUCGAAGUUGAAAUCAUAG